AUGGACUCGAGGACCAAAAUCUUCUCCCUUCACCGCUGGAACUGCAGCCCAACCUUAGGGACAGGGGCCAGGAAGUGGCUGCUGGGGCCUCUUGCCCUCGUGGUGCUGCUGCAAGUCGCCCGGGUGCAGAGCCGGCCCACCGGAUCCUGCCCUUUCCCCCAAAUACCGGAGCAUUCAAGCGCCUUUAGGCAACUCAGGAACCAAUACGAGGACGAGAGGUUCAAAGGGAGCGAACCCUGGAAAAACUGCACCCGCUUCCACCUCCGCUUCCCCCAAGGGAAGAUGCACCACUUGAGGAACAAAUGGGACAGGAUGGAGGCCGUGGAGGCUGAACUGGCCCUGGUGGUGCCCGUUUUGCAGAACAUCAGUGAACCUGCCUUCUCCAAACAGGCGUCCAAGGUUUUGGAGUUUCUACAUCCGCUCUGGGAGGCUCUGGGCACCUGUAUCAGGCACAAACCCCCCCACGGGAAGAAGUCCAGCCUCCUCCAGCAGUUCAAGGAAGAGACCCAGCAGUUCAAGGCCAGGAGCGUCCAGCCAUCGCCAAAGUGCCUGGAGGCAGCGGUUGGCCUCAACAUCGUGCGUCUCCUGGAAGAGGACAUUGGGCAGCUCCGGCACCUCUUCCGCCACCACUCCCGGGCCACCACCCGCCGAGGCUAG